AUGAAGUUCCUCAACCUCGGCCUUGUCGCCAUCUCCUCCCUCUUCGCCACUUCCCUCGCGGCGCCUGCCCUCCCGGGCCUCCCUACUGAUGUCACCGACGUCGCGAAGGUCCCCGUCGUCCACAUCCCCGUUGUCCCCGAGACCGACGCCCCCGUCAAGCGCACUGAGGUCGUUUACACCAAGAUCCAGUACACCAUCGUCGAGGUCAAGAAGCACUGCUCCACCAUCAACUCCACCGUCGACGGUGUCACCAAGGGCCAGAUCGCCCAGAAGAAGGCCGACAUCAUCAAGCUCGUCAAGAGCGAGGUCACCAUCAUCAUCAGCCUGAUCCACUCCCUCGUCGGCGACAUUGUCGAGUGCCUUGGCGAGACUGUCGAGAUUGUCGGUGAGGAGAAGGAGAAGAUCAUCUCCUGCGUCCUUGAGCUCAUCUUUGACAUCAUCUACUGCCUGAAGCAUGUCAUCAAGGUUCUCGGCUGCAGCAUCUUCGAGCUCCUCGGCCCCAUCAUCUUCGUCCUCCUCACCGUUGUCUUCCACCUCCUCUGCUCCCUCAACGGCCUCAUCGAGGGUCUCUUGGAGCUCGUCUGCUCCGUCCUUGGCGGUGUCAUUGGCCUCCUCCUUGAGGUCCUUGCCGGCCUUCUGCCCAUCGUCCUUGGCCUCGUCGGAGGUAUUCUCAAGGCCAUCAACCUUGGCGGCCUUCUCUGCAGCGUCGGCAGCAUCUUCUAA